AUGGCACCUUUUUCUUUUAUAAAAACAUCCAUAUUAAUCUUUGCAUACCUAUUCUUAUGGUAUCAAAUCAAUGAUCACCACCAGGUGAGUGCAUUAAGCACUUUAAAGGAUGAUGAUAUAUCGGAUGGAAGCGGUUUAUAUUCAUCAGAGGAAGAUAUAAACAAUGGAAAUGAUCGUUUGAAAACAGUACAAGGAGUUGGAACAAAGGUUCCAACAACAUCACAUAAGGGGUUGAAUGAUGAUGAUGGUGAUGAUGUGAGCACAUUGCUCGGUUCGAUAGACAACGAAUUGUUAGAACAUACACUAUCAGGACGAACACCUUCUUCAGCGAAAAGGGGAGAAACUAGUUCUAAAGGAAUUGGAACAAAAAUAAAAGAAUGUUGUAAAAAAUUAAAACAUUAUAAAUAUAAAAAUAAAAUACUACUAACUCUUGUAUUAGUGAGUUCAGUAGCAUACCCCUUAAUUUUGUGUUAUGCAUUCUUGACCGCUUUUUUCCUUUUAUGGGCAGGAGCCAAUUAUGCAGUGUGGCAACAAAUAUGCUCCUUUGGAGUUAUUACAGUUUUUGGAUUAAUCUAUUUUGGCAUACUAUUCUGGUUUUAUCGAUCCAAAGUUUGGGUUAAAUGUAUAAUGGACGAUUCUGAAAUACGAAAGUGUCUUAGAGAAGAAAUUCAAAAAGCACAACAACACAACACAACCACCUAA